UCUUGAGCGCUUGUGUGCAGAGUUAUCUUUUGAGGCCAAAAGUCCCAUUUGCGCAGUCCCAGAGUUCCCUUCUAGCUGUCAGCGGAACACAUGUGUUCCAGGCUCUUCCGUGGUCGCCCUAAAGCUAAACGCUCAUUUGAGGGUGCAUCUUUUUUCAUCAUUUCUAAACAGCAGUAACUGGGAAUCCCAGCAAUCCUGGGAAAUCGUGUUGUAUUGAAGUCCAUCUGAUUUUCGUAUUACAUGCCACAAUUCAAAAAUACUCAGAAACUUUUCAGUCCUCACUUAACCAGUAGUUAUGCAAAACAUCGCUUAUUAUUCAUUAAAAUGCAACAGUACCCACAGCUUCUUCGAAGACCCUUACCUCCCCAAAUCCCUAAGCUGUCUUCAUAUAAGAAGAAAUUCCAUACAGCCAAGACUGAUGAAACUAAGCUACUUCAUAUAAAGUUUACUGGUACUAAAGAUGGAACCUCUUCAAUUAAAAGAGAUAAAAACAAUUUUCCUGAUGUUGUAUCAAGAAAUCAAUCACAAGCACUUGUGAAGGUCCAAAAUAUCUUUCUUGAUUAUCCUGAACCAAAAAGAGUGACACCUAUUCCAAUAAUCCACAAAUCUACUAAAAAUGUCUAUUCACACAUUCAAGACACUAUUUCAGUCACUGAUGCCCAUAUUUUACGUGGUGAAGGUUUUAGGACUGUUGCAGCAACAGGAUAUGAAACUGUCACAGCAAUGACCGAACUGGCCAUAGUAAACCGCCAAAUGCAUGGAAGAAAUGCACUUAAUCUUAAGGGAUUUUUUAUCACGAGUUGUCCAGACUUAACACCUUUGGCUUUCCAAUUGAUAUAUCUUAAUUUAUCUUUCAGUGAUCUCUCUAAAUUUCCCACAGAAAUAUUUUGCCUUAAAAAUUUACAAAUACUGAAACUGAGAAAUAACCCUAUCAAAGCAAUUCUGUCUGAUAUCCAACAACUUAAGUUCCUCAGAAUUUUCAGCGUUGCCUUUAAUUUCAUUUCUGAUCUUCCAUUUGGGUUAUUUUCCUUGUCCCAUCUUGAGGAACUGGAUGUUUCCUACAAUGAAAUCACUUCUAUUCCAAAUGACAUCCAGAAACUCAGAUCACUUGAAAAACUGAAUAUUGAUGGAAAUUAUUUAUUUUACUUGCCAUCUGGAAUUUUGAAGUUUAACCUAACAAAGAUCUCCUUUGAGAAUACUUUCACUCAUCAUAGAUUUUGGACAGAGAAUUCUUUGAUUAGUCCCCCACGACUUAUGCAUAUUAGCUCUUUGUUCAUUGUUAGAAAUGACCUAUUUACAUCUUAUGGUGUGAGCCCAGUGAAAAUCCAAAGGUUACUAAAAAGCUAAUUCAGCACAUCCAGGUGUGAAUGGUGUCAUGGUCCCAAGUUUGGUGGAGGUUUUGGUAUCAUCCAAUCCUGCAAUAUUUUUGGAGCAUUACAACUUCCUAUUAUGUUUCAUGUCUGUUCUUCCUAUUAUAGAGAAUUAAAAGAAAGCAGUUUUAUUUUUGAUGAUUUUCUUGGCAAACACAUAGCUUUAAAUAUGGACUGGGUGAAAGAAAGAAAGCCCAGUGAUGUAUCAUUCCUUCUGUAG